AUGUCAAACACUGAGUACUCUUUGCGGGAUAGGCAAAUAAUGUCUAUCCAGAGAAUGCUUUCGUUUAAUUCAGAUAAAGGAACUGAAAUGGUUGCGGAUAACUUGGAUGAACAAGAAAUUACUUGGAAAGUACUUAUUAUGGAUGCUAGAAGUACAGCAAUUGUUUCUUCUGUUAUGCGAGUGAAUGAUUUAUUGAAGUCAAACGUUACUGUACAUAGUGUUAUAACUCAACAAAGGUCACCACUUCCAGAUGUACCAGCUGUUUAUUUUGUUGAACCUACAGAGGUGAAUAUUGAUUUGAUUGUUCAAGAUUUGAAGGAGGAUAAAUACUCAGAAUUUUACAUCAAUUUCACUACAACAUUAAAAAGGGACUUAUUAGAGUCAUUUGCAAGCAAAGCUUCUGCUACUGGUAAGUCUGAUCGCAUAAAGCAGGUAUACGAUCAAUAUUUGGACUUCGUAGUCACUGAACCGGAGAUGUUCUCUUUGGAAAUUCCUGAUAGUUAUAAGAUUGUUAAUAGCCCACAAAGCUCUGAAGAUGCUAUUACAGAAUUGUGUGAUUCUAUCGCUAGUGGUAUAUUCAAUGCUAUAGUUACUAUCGGAACUAUUCCAAUUAUCAGAGCACAAAGGGGAGGGGCGGCUGAGAUGGUUGCUCAGAAACUAGAAGCUAAAUUACGUGAUUAUGUAAAUGGAACGAGAUCAAGUUCCAAUACAACAACUUCUUUCGAACGUCUUGUUUUGGUUUUAGUUGAUAGAAAUAUUGAUAUUGCGUCAAUGUUUGCUCACUCCUGGAUAUAUCAAUGUUUGGUUUUUGACAUAUUCAAAUUAUCACGAAACACAAUUACAAUGACAACUACCAACGAGCAAAAUGAAGAUGUAACAAAAAAAAUGGAUAUAGACCCUCAUGACUUCUUCUGGACUGCAAACUCCCAUUUACCAUUUCCAGAUGCCGUAGAGAACGUCGAAACAGAACUCUCCAAUUAUAAAAGAGAAGCUGAAGAGAUUACCAAGAAAACAGGUGUUAGUAAUUUAACAGAUCUUGAUCCUUCUGGGCAAAAUGACACUCUACAGAUUCAAGAAGCCGUAAAAAAGCUACCAGAAUUGACUGCUAAAAAGGCCACAAUUGACACUCACAUGACUGUAUUGGCCGGGUUGCUUAAACAACUUGAAAGCAAAGGUUUGGACUCUUUCUUCGAGUUAGAACAGUCUCCAGACUCAUCAAAGACAAGACAAGAAUUUCUAACUGCUCUUAAGGACGGUAGAACGAAUAAUAUUGAGGACAAGGUCCGUACCUACAUUAUAAUGUAUCUCACAGCUCAAGAGACAUUGCCAAGUGACUUUGUGCAACAAGUCGAGAAAUACUUUGAAAGCGUUGAGUAUGACACUACCGCUUUGAAAUAUAUCUACGACCUUAGACACAUGUUUAAACUCUCCUCUAUGGCACUACAAAACAAGUCAUUAGAAACAAAUACAUCUGCUAAUAAAAACUCUCAGGAUGGCAAUGCAUCACAGUUACUUUCUGGUUUGUCAAAUAGACUAUAUGGGUUAACUGAAGGUAAAAUUCAAGGUGUUGGAUCACUUCUUUCUGGGAUAAAGAAACUUCUCCCUGAGAAGAAAACUAUCCCUAUAACAAAUAUUGUCGAAGCUAUUAUGGAUCCCUUGAAUAGUUCCAAGAAGAAUUUGAACAUCACAAACGAGUAUCUAUAUUUUGAUCCUAGAAUAACCAGAGGAUCCCACGAAAAGCUACCAAAAAGCCAAACAUACAACAAGUCCCUCGUUUUUAUAAUAGGUGGAGGAAACUACUUCGAAUACCAAAAUCUUCAAGAAUGGGUUCACCAACACGAGAAUAACAAUAAAAAGGUCAUAUACGGCAGUACCGAUAUAGUAACUCCAAAUGAUUUCUUGAAAGAGAUUUCAGGAUUGAAAAAGUGA